ACACAAGAUCAAACCUUUGGAGGACCUUUGACUUGAAAUUAGUUAUUAUACACAACUGUAUUACAAGUGACAGAUGUGAAGGAAAUUCAAUAAUUAGAUAAAGGAAGACUUACAAAGAAGACCAACCCAAAGAACAUACCAGGCGGUGUAGUAAACGUGGAUAGUGGCUGCUAACCUCAUCCUGGAUACCUAAGGUGAUCAGCUGUAUUUAUAUAUCACCAACAGUAAGACAACCAACCAUGAAAAGAUGUUUCAAACUACAGUAUCUCUUCUCUGCUUUUAUCGUGUUCGAACUUUGGUGUAUACGCACUAUACUGAAAGACGCAAGUGUGAAGCGAAUUGAUUCAUUGCAAUCGAUACGCGUGCAAAAAGUGGUGGUGGACGAAACUGUAUCAUUCAAAGAGAUUCUUACCACUGUUACUCCCGACCUAAAUGUACCAGUUGUAAUUGAGAAAACUAGAGAAAAAGUACCGGAGCCCAGCCAUAAAGAUUUAUCGCCAAACCAAUCCAACAAAAAGAGUACCGUGCCAUAUUUACCAUAUUCCAAUUUCUCUUACCCGUUGGAUAUCGACCUCCAAAGUAUGUAUAAUGAAUUCAGGACUACUGGGAGAUUGAGUCAUCCAGUGGAGGCGAUAAACCCACAUAAUUUCAGUUAUUUACAUUUACAAAGGUGCAAAUUGCAACCAGAAAACAAUAUUUCAUUGAUUAUUUUGGUCAAGUCUGCUGUGGUGAACAUCCAUUUGCGUAACGCUAUUCGUUCUACCUGGGGAAACGUUACUAGAUAUAGGAACAUCAAUGUAGUCUUCAUGCUCGGAUACAAUGCCAGCAAACAGAGCCUUGUUGACCAGGAAGCCUAUGAUUACGGCGAUAUUGUACAGGAGUCAUUCUUGGAUGCUUACAUGAAUAACACAUAUAAAACUAUUAUGACAUUUAACUGGGCUGUUGAGUAUUGUGACCAAGCAAAUCAUUUGCUAUUUAUUGAUGACGACCACUACCUGGUCCUACGUAAUCUAUUACAAUAUAUCAAGGAACUGCCCCCAAAUUCCUCCUAUAUGGUGGGGUACAUCAAUGUGAACGCACCAGUUGUCCGGGAAAUUACAAAAAAGUGGUAUGUUAGUCGCGAAGAUUACCCAUUUAAGCACUGGCCACCAUACUUGUCCGGAGGUGCCUUUAUGUUAUCAUCGGAUAUCGCAAGGCGAUUCGUGUUUUCGUUUCCGUAUAUCCGGUAUAUAGGUAUAGAUGACUGUUACCUCGGAAUAGUGGCAAAAAAGUUAGGGAUAGCACCGCAACAUGUAGACAAGUUCGAUAUGUUAACUCGUCGCCUAUUGGAUGACCCUUCGCGCUUUGCAUACCACAACUUCAAGCUGAAGAGUUCCUUCAAACAGGCAAUGGAUUUUCUCACGAAACCCCGGCCAAAGACUAAAUACGUCACGUUUUCUUCACUCCACUACAUAAAACACAAAAGUAAAUACAGACGGAACAUCAGGAAGAAACGUUUCAUGGCUUCCAAUGCACAUAACAACCCUCAUUAAAUUAGACAGUAAUAUUUGUGGAAUGUGCAAUGACCAGUGGAUUCUAUUAACGUGCAAAACCAGAUACAAUUAAGUGGUGUUUAUUGUCUUAAAUAUCGGUCAAAACCUUUAGUAGAAAUGAAUUUAAAAUAUCACCUUCCAGGAAUCAUGGUGACAUUUAUAAUAUCACCUUGGUAGUAUAUCCUCAUUUAGCCUGCAUUACCGCACAGGUAGGAUAACCCAUGUAUAGCGCUAUGUUGAGUAUUCUACUGGUAAAUGCGGAUAUUGUCCAAAAUACAACACUUUGACUGGAGACAUUCGAGGCGUCGAAUCAUUUCCCCCAUGAUAUCCCCAUGGACGAGCGUUUGGAUUAAUACAAAUGGGGACAUUAUGUUUUGAUUUAAUUACCCGCUGGUAGGCCUUGCCAUAACCAUUUCAUUGUCUUGUUGAAAAAUGGCGCUUGCGACAUGAAAACUUCAACAAGUGGAAAGAAUGUCUUGAUAUUUUAUCUCAUUAACGGAAACCUUUUACAUCAAUACACCAACACAAGUACUGCUCAUUCUAUGACGCUGCCACUACGAAUGAGGUCGAGUUCACUCGUCUUCGUCACCAUAUCAUUCUUUCUUUCAUUAAUACAGAUGAAACAAAAGACGAGACUUCGAGAAGCUCUCGAGGUUUACUUGCGGCUUGAUCUCCGAUUAUUUACUGGCGUGUUUUUAGAAUGAAAAUUGUAACGAGCAACACGUGACAAAAGCAGGCCGUCACACACGAGUGAUUUAAUAGAAUAUAUAUAUAUAUGUUUUUUCUAUCAACAAAAAUAUUGGUUAUUCUGUCAGAGGGCCUUAGUCCUAUUAUUGAGUAUAAUCAUGUGACCAGGGGCUGCAUUUUAUAUAAAACAAAAAGCGCCUUGACAUGAUGGGAUGACGAAACUAAGUGCUUAAGGAAAGUAACUCUAUUAGAUGUAAUGAGCGAAGGUUACUCAGACAGGUGCACACGAAAAGAUUUAUUUCAGAAAUGUUUACUUUGUGCUUUUAACUCAGGAACAUCAUACCUGCUUAUUCGUCGGCGAUUCGAAUAUGUGACGUGAAUAAAAAGGUUUUAUAUUAUUGUG